ACUUGCGCGGGAACUGCGCGGCCCUUCGCGCACGGGGGGUCACGUGGUCUACUUCCGGUUCGGUGUGCGGGGCCGGGGGCGCCGAGGAGGCGACGCUGCGAGGCUCCAUGCGGCGGCCUGGCCUUGCGUGGAACCUCCGAGGAGCGCAGUGACGCCCAGCAACGCAAAAAGACCCUGUAGUGUCAAGUGAUGACCCCGGAGUGGAGCAGGGAUCCCGUGUCAGGACCUCCCCAUCUGCCAUGGCAGGGCAGACACAGGUCCCGGUGACCUUUGAGGACGUGGCUGUCUACCUGAGCCGUGCCGAGUGGGAGGCCAUCACCGAGGAGCAGCAGGAGCUCUACUACAGCGUCAUGCUGGACGUCUAUGAGCUCCUGACAUCCCUGGGUCACACUGGCCCCAAACCUGACAUUUUAUACCGGCUGGAGCACAGGGAAGAGCCUUGGGUCUUCACAUCCCAGAGCCACAUGAAGUGGAACAGACCCGAUAGCCCCCCUCCUGGACAUGAUAGUGUCUUGAGCUGCCUGGAGGAGCCUCCCUCAGGCUGGGGGCCUGGUACUGACAGACACCAUACACCAGAGGACAUGGCUUGGACCUCCUGCAAAAGAGGAAGACAAAUUCUUCCCACUGUCUUGGCAGGAGGACGGUGUGUGCCAUGGCGUCUCCACUUGAGUCGGCUGCUGAGGAAAUUUAAGAGUCUUGAAGGUGGGGGAAAAUUGCCAGAAGAGGUGGCUGGAACAGGAGUGGAGAGCCCAGACCAGGCAUCCAAGGCCUUAUCACUUUCGAAUGAAGCAGCAGCAGAGGUCGUGUCAGAUGUAACCCAAAGCAGAACAUUCCCACUCCAUCCAGAGGUGGAACAGCAGAACAAAGAGGGAGAUCCUCAGGACCAUUUGCCUAGCAGCUCCGCAGAGAGCUGUCAGAACACUCAGGGCACCAUGACAGAAGUUACAUUUUUCCAGGGAAACAGUGAACUGUCUCUUGAGGAGAUGGAGUCCAUUUUUGAGGAUCACUGUUACUCCCUGGGGAGCAAGAUGAAGCUCUUGCCCUGCACCCUGCAAGAACACAGCUACUGCAAGAACAAGCUGAGCAAUGCCUGCAGACCUGGGGACCGUGGAUACUGUCACGUGACACAGAUUUGUUAUCCAGGCAGGGUUGAUAAAAUUGUUACUUGUCCCAGUAAGGCUCAGGCCAAGCUUAACAAGCUGGCAAGGCGAUGCUGCCGAGUCCGACAGAUCACCAGGAAAGGCAGAUGGGUGCCAUGGCUCUGCCAGCCUUGUGCCAGCGCCAAGUGUCCCUUACGUAAGGCUUCCACUGCCACCAGCUGUUUCCGACUCAUCAUCCCUUCUGCUGAAGCCAAAAGCAACCCUCUAGAGGGACCAUUUAGGAUGUAUUGUCCUCCCAAACAGCUGGAGGCUGUGUGUCCCCAGCCUCAGCACUGGAGUGAGUCCAAAGCAGUGACUUCAGAAGCCCUUUCUACCCCUGUGGUGGCUUUUGAACUUCCAUCUUCCAACAUGGCUGUGGAUGUGUCCACAACAAAGUGCCGAAGGUACAGCCAAUCCUCAAGGAAGGACAUGGAUUUGCCAGCUCCAAUUCCCUGUCAGCGUGAGAUGUGUAUAAAACGGUGCAGAAGGUCAACCACGUGUUGGGCUCUGAGUGCCAGAACUUUGGGUGCAAUGGCUGCUUGCAGCCCAAGGACGUCAGGGUUAUCAAAGUGCAGAUAGACAACUGAGUGGCAGCAACGUGUCUGUCCAUCCAGGUGAACGGUCAGGACAAUCCCUGUCACAAAAGCAGGUGUUUGGAGAGCUGAAACCUUGCGAAACUCUCAUGCAGGUGGACUGGAAUCACAGAAUGCUGGUUUGGAAGGCACUUCCAAGAUGAUCUGAUCCAGAUUUUCUUGGAAAGUGGUGUCCAGCUGGGCAUGUGGUGCCUGCUGGGAAAAAAGGGCAUUUGCCUUUCCCUGCAGCCUCAGUCAAAGGAAGAAUCAGUGUGGAGAAAGCUCUGGAAAAGGGAGGUGAAGGACUAGCAGGGAUGUGGAGCAGGAAGAUGGUUGUUUUCUAGCCAGGCUGGCCCUGAUUACUGCUCAUUAAACUGCUUUAUUAUUUA